AUGUCGCUCUCGAAAGAAGCCGCUUUGCCUGCCUGGGGAUAUGCUGUCGCCGGCGCUACAGGUGCCGUACUAGCAAAUGCGACGGUAUAUCCGCUCGAUAUUGUUAAAACGCGUCUACAAGUUCAAGUCAAGAAGAGGACAGUCCAAACCGAUGGUGUUCUUGUUUCCGAAGACCCGGAGAAACAGACUCCUGCUGUUCCCGAGCCGGAACACUAUGCUUCUACCAUGGAUGCUAUCAGGAAGAUUAAGAAGAAGGAAGGUCUCUCAGGUCUUUAUGCCGGCAUGCCUGGCUCCCUGAUUGGUGUCGCUUCCACGAACUUCGCCUACUUUUACUGGUAUACGUUUGUGAGAACAUAUUAUAUAUCCGUACAAGCGGCCCAGGGAAAUCUCUCCACUGUUGCCGAGCUUUCAUUGGGUGCUGUAGCCGGUGCUUUGGCCCAGUUGUUCACCAUUCCUGUUGCUGUUGUGACAACUAGGCAACAGACAUCUGAGAAGGAGAACAGGAAAGACCUGAUCACUACCGCUAAGGAUGUUAUCGGAGAGGAUGGAUGGACCGGAUUGUGGAGUGGGUUGAAGGCAAGUUUGGUGCUUGUUGUCAAUCCUGCCAUCACAUAUGGCGCCUACCAAAGGUGCAGGGAGACUUUCUACCCUGGGAAGAAAAACCUUAAGCCAAUGGAAGCUUUCUUCCUCGGAGCACUCUCCAAGGCUUUGGCGACCUUCGCCACCCAGCCCCUCAUCGUCGCUAAGGUUGGACUUCAAUCGAAUCCACCAGCUGGCCAAAAGAAAUUCAAGUCUUUCGUUGAGGUUAUGAAAUACGUUAUCCACCAUGAGGGUCUGUUAGGCCUAUACAAGGGGAUCAGUCCCCAGUUGAUGAAGGGGCUGUUGGUUCAGGGUCUCUUGAUGAUGACGAAGGAACGUGUCGAGCUCAUUUUCUUGUUGAUGUAUAGAUGGUUGAUCAAGAAGCUUGGAAAAUAA